AUGAUGGCAGGGUACGAGGGCGUCUCCUCCAGCCGGUGGCCAGGGCUGAGCUCCCUCUCCAUGUCCUGCAGGUCUGCGUUGGGACGCAAAGCCGCCUUCUCCACGCUCUCCAUCCUGGUGGCCCUGCUGAUCGCUGGCCAGGCCGUCACCAUCUACUUUGUCUACCAGCAGAGCGGGCAGAUCAGCAAGCUGACCAAGACCUCCCAGAACCUGCAGCUCGAGGCGCUGCAGAGGAAGCUGCCUGCCAGUGCCAAGCCGGUGAAAAAGAUAUCUGUGGUGAACAUGCCCCUGGCCGCGAGGAUCCUGCCCCUUGCCCCCGCUGCCGGCAACAUGGUAAGAGAUGUCUCGGCCCCUGCUAGCAACAAAACUGAGGACCAAGUGAGGCACCUGCUGCUGCAAGCAGACCCCAGGAAGAUGUUCCCAGUGCUGAAGGACAACCUGAUGGACAACCUGAAGAGCCUGAAGAACACUAUGACUGACGCAGACUGGAAGUCCUUUGAAUCCUGGAUGCACAAGUGGCUGCUCUUUGAAAUGGCCAAGAACUCCAAGGUGGAGGAGCGUAAGGCAAUCCCAGCGGAGAAAGUGCAAACUAAGUGCCAGGCGGAGGCCGAUGCUGGGGGUGUCUGGCCGGGCCGCUUCCGCCCGCAGUGCGAUGAGAACGGCGACUACCUGCCCAAGCAGUGCAAUGCUGCCACGGGCUACUGCUGGUGCUCCUACAAAAAUGGCACCAGGAUUGAGGGCACUGCCACUCGGGAAAAGCUGGACUGCCAGGAUGCUGCCCCCACGGAGCCAGAAGAGAUGAUCUUCUCUGGGGUAGACAUGCUUAAGACCGGGGUGGAGAAAGGUUGA